UGAAGAUUAGCCUUUUGUUCGAACCAAAUUUUUUUUUUUUUUAAUUUGUGUAUUCGAACAAAGAUUCCCCUCCCCACUAUUACAAUAAUCUAAACUUUUAGUUUUAUUUUAUUGUUUAUUAUCUUUUUUUAUACACACCAUCUUAUUUGGUUUUCAAAAACCUAAAAAGAACUUUUUUAUUAGAAAAAAACAAUCCUUUUUUUUCUAAUUUAUUUGUUGUUUUUGACGAUCUCCUUUUUAUAUUUAGUGGAUUAGAUAACAACUGCUUUUUCGUGAAUUUUCCUCAAAAAAAAUUUUUCUAUUAAAAACAACAAAAAAAUAACAAAAAAUGAGUGGACACCCUUUUGCUUUCUCCUCUGCACCUCUUCGACGUGUAGAUGCUGUACAAUUUGGUAUUCUCUCACCUGAUGAGAUUAAAGCAAUGUCCGUUGCGAAGGUUGAAUUUCCUGAAUUGUAUGAUGAAGGUACUCAAAAGCCUAGAAACAAUGGUCUGCUUGAUCCUCGUAUGGGUACAAUUGAUCGUAAUUAUAAGUGUCAAACUUGUGGCGAAGGCAUGGCUGAAUGUCCUGGCCAUUUUGGGCAUAUCGAGCUUGCAAAGCCUGUUUAUCAUAUUGGUUUCUUGACCAAAGUAAAGAAGAUUCUUGAAUGUGUCUGUUUCCAUUGUUCAAAGCUCAAGAUCGAUGAUACCAAUCCUCGAUUUAUCAGAGCAAGAAAGAUCACUGACGCUAAAACAAAACUUCGAGCUGUUUGGGAUCUUGCGAAGACAAAAAUGACAUGUGAAGGUAGCGAUGAAGCAGAAGAUGGACUGGAGGAAAAGGAAGAGUUCGACGGUGGUAAACGUAAAAGUACUCAUGGUGGUUGUGGUUAUAAGCAACCUCUCAUCCGUAAGGACGGUUUAAAACUUUAUGCUCAAUUCCGUGCUACUCCCGGUGACGAUAAUGCUGGCGAAGGAAGACAACAGUUGACCGCAGCAAAAGUAUUGCAAAUCUUGAAAAAUAUUACUGAUCAAGAUAUUCGUGAUAUGGGUUUAUCCGAAGAGUUUGCUAGACCUGAAUGGAUGAUCACUACUGUUUUACCUGUUCCUCCUCCCCAAGUUCGUCCUUCCAUUCAAAUGGAUGGUACCAGUCGUGGUGAAGAUGAUUUGACUCACAAACUUUCUGAUGUUUUGAAAGCAAACGCAAAUGUCAAACGUUGUGAAUCCGAGGGUGCUCCAGUCCAUGUAGUUCAAGAAUUUGAACAACUAUUACAAUUUCAUAUUGCCACUUACAUGGAUAACGAUAUUGCUGGUCAACCUCAAGCUUUACAAAAGUCCGGCAGACCUCUUAAGUCUAUUCGUGCUCGUCUUAAGGGUAAAGAAGGUCGUCUUCGUGGUAAUCUUAUGGGUAAACGUGUUGAUUUCUCAGCUCGUACUGUUAUUACGGGUGAUCCCAAUCUUAAUUUAGAUCAAGUUGGUGUACCUCGUAGUAUUGCUCGUAAUUUGACUUACCCUGAAAUCGUCACCCCCUAUAACAUUGAUAAGCUUCAAGUCUUGGUCCGUAAUGGUCCUUUGGAACAUCCUGGUGCAAAAUACGUCAUCCGUGACAAUGGUGAACGUAUUGAUUUGCGAUAUCGUAAACGUGCCGGUGAAAUUCCCCUCCAAUAUGGCUAUAGAGUUGAGAGACAUAUCAAUGAUGAUGAUGUUGUCAUUUUCAAUCGUCAACCUUCUCUCCAUAAAAUGUCCAUGAUGGGUCAUCGUGUUAAGGUUAUGCCCUAUUCUACUUUUCGUUUGAACUUGUCUGUCACUUCUCCUUACAAUGCUGAUUUCGAUGGUGAUGAAAUGAAUCUUCACGUUCCUCAAUCUUUGGAAACUAGAGCUGAAAUCACUGAAAUUUGUAUGGUCCCUAAGCAAAUUGUCUCUCCUCAAUCAAACAAGCCUGUUAUGGGUAUUGUGCAAGAUACGCUUUGUGGUAUUCGUAAGUUUACUUUAAGAGAUUGUUUCUUGACCAAAGAUUUGGUGAUGAACAUUGUUAUGUGGGUUCCUUCUUGGGAUGGUUAUAUUCCUCCUCCUGCUAUUCUUAAGCCUAAGCCUAUGUGGACUGGUAAACAAAUUGUGUCUAUGGUCAUUCCUAAGGGUAUCAAUUGUCAAACUUAUCAUUCUACUCAUCCUGAUGGUGAAUCUACUCUGAUUUCUCCUGGUGAUACUCGUGUCAUUAUUGAGAAUGGUGAAUUGAUUUGUGGUAUUGUUUGUAAAAAGACUGUUGGUACUGCUGGUGGUGGUCUUAUUCAUACUAUUAUGAAUGAAUUGGGUCCUGAAGCCGCAAAGAAUUUCUUGGGUGGUACUCAACAAGUCAUUAAUUAUUGGUUACUUCAAAACGGUUUCAGUAUUGGUAUCGGCGAUACUAUUGCUGAUAAAGUCUCCAUGGCUACUAUUACAAACAUUAUUUCUCAGGCCAAGCAACGUGUGCAAGAGGUUAUUAUUACUGCUCAACAAGAUAAGCUCGAAGUUCAACCUGGUAUGACAUUGCGUGAAUCUUUCGAAGCCAAGGUCAAUCAAACUUUGAAUAAGGCUCGUGAUGAUGCCGGUAAAAUGGCUCAAAACAGUUUGAAAGAAGAUAACAAUGUUAAACAGAUGGUAAUUUCCGGUUCAAAGGGUUCUUUCAUUAAUAUUUCUCAAAUGUCUGCUUGUGUCGGUCAACAAAAUGUUGAAGGUAAACGUAUUCCUUAUGGUUUCAAGUUCCGUACUCUCCCUCAUUUCUCCAAGGAUGAUCAUAGUCCUGAAUCUCGUGGUUUCGUCGAAAACUCCUAUUUAAGAGGUUUAACUCCUACAGAAUUUUUCUUCCAUGCUAUGGGUGGUCGUGAAGGUCUUAUUGAUACCGCUGUCAAAACUGCUGAAACUGGUUAUAUUCAACGUCGUCUUGUUAAAGCCUUAGAAGAUGUUAUGGUCAAGUAUGAUGGUACUGUUCGUAACUCCCUUGGUGAUAUUAUUGAAUUCUGUUAUGGUGAGGAUGGUAUGGAUGCUAUGUCCGUCGAGAGUCAAAAGUUCUUCUCGCUCAAGUCUAAUCAAAAGGAAUUUGAGAAGCGUUAUAAGAUUGAUGUUAUGCACAAGGGCUUCAGAAAGGGCGCUCUUAACUACAAUGUCCUCAAGAGUAUUGAGGGUAGUGAAACCGCCCAAGCUUAUCUUGAUCAUGAAUUCUAUCAAUUGUCUGAUGAUCGUAACAAGUUAAGAACUAUCAUUUUCAAGAACGGUGAUGACAAAUGGCCUUUGCCUGUCAAUCUUGCUCGUUUAAUCACCAAUUCUCAACAAAUUUUCCAUCUGGAUCCUCGUAAACCCUCUGAUAUCCAUCCUCUUCAAAUCGUGGAUGGUGUAAAUGCUCUCGCUCAACGUUUGCUCGUUGUUCGUGGUUCUGAUAAAAUCUCACAUGAAACUCAAAAGAACGCAACAUUAUUAUUCCAAAUUUUGCUUCGUUCAACCUUUUCUGUGAAGCGUGUUGUUGAAGAAUUCCACUUAACUUCUCAAGCGUUCGAAUGGAUUCUUGGAGAAAUUGAAUCACGUUUCUUGACUUCUAUCGUUGCACCUGGUGAAAUGGUUGGUACUAUCGCUGCUCAGUCUAUUGGUGAACCUGCUACCCAAAUGACCUUGAAUACUUUCCAUUAUGCUGGUGUGUCCAGUAAGAAUGUUACUCUCGGUGUACCUCGUUUGAAGGAAAUUAUUAACGUCGCAAAGAAUAUCAAAACUCCUCGUCUUGAAGUCUGGUUGGAUUCUGAACGUUCUCGUAAUAUCGAAUUGGCUAAGGAAGUACAAGUUAACCUUGAACAUACCACUCUCCAAAAGGUUACAUCCGUCACAGAGAUUUACUACGAUCCUGAUCCACGUGAAACCGUCAUUAAAGAGGAUGCUGAUUUCGUCGAUACCUAUUAUCAACUUGAAGAUGAAAACUCUGCGUUUGUUACUCGCGUAUCCCCUUGGUUACUUCGUAUUGAAUUGAACCGUGGUAUGAUGAUUGAUAAGCGUCUCAACAUUACAGAAGUCGUUCAAAAGAUUUCCGAAGAAUUCCGUAAUGAUCUCCAUGUUAUUGGUAGUGAUGAGAAUUCAGACAAGUUGAUUAUUCGUUGUAGAGUGAUGAUGGACGAAAAUGAAGACAAGGAUAUGGAAGAUGACGAUGGUCGUUCCGAAGAAGAUACUUUCCUUCGUAAAUUGGAAGCAAGUAUGUUGGGCUCGAUCAAUCUUCGUGGUAUACCCGGUAUUAGAAAGGUUUACAUUGUCGAACGUAAAGAAACUGUUCUCAAUGAUAAGGGCGAAUUUGAAACUACAACUGAAUGGGGUCUUGAUACUGAUGGUAUCAAUCUUCAAGAAGUCAUGUGCCAACAUGGUGUAGAUGAAACUCGUACCUAUUCUAACAACACUGUUGAAGUUAUGGAAGUUCUCGGUAUCGAAGCUACCCGUAAGGCUCUUCUCAAGGAAUUACGUAACGUUAUUGAAUUCGAUGGUUCUUAUGUCAAUUAUCGUCAUUUGGCUUUGCUUUGUGAUGUUAUGACUAACCGUGGUCAUUUGAUGGCUAUUACUCGUCAUGGUAUUAAUCGUGCUGAAACUGGUGCUUUGAUGAGAUGUUCCUUCGAAGAAACUGUCGAAAUUCUUAUGGAAGCUGCCGCUGUCGGUGAACUUGAUGAUUGUCGUGGUGUAGCUGAAAAUAUUAUGUUGGGUCAAAUGGCUCCUCUUGGUACUGGUGAGUUUGACGUCAUGUUAGACGAAGAGAUGUUACAGUCUGUCCCUCAAGAUCAUAGACAAAACAUGCAAAUGGGUGUCGUUGGCGAUCUUUCUGGAUUUGCUACUCCAGGUCCUGGUUUCAUGACUCCAAAUAUGGCAACGCCUUAUGAUACUCGUUCUCCUGAUUGGGUUGAUUUCUCGCAACCUUCAUCCCCCAAUGAGCCUAUGUUCUCCCCCAUGGGUAAUUCAGGUGCUGCAGGUUCUAUCACUAGCCCAUGGCGUGGCGAUCUUAGUCCAUAUGCGCAUAGUCCUAGUUAUUCUCCUACUUCUCCAGGCUACUCACCAUCAAGUCCUUCGUAUGCUGCCUCGCCUGGCUAUUUACCAACUUCUCCCAACUAUUCUCCUACUAGUCCUUCUUACUCUCCUACUAGUCCUAGCUAUUCACCUACCAGUCCUAGCUACUCUCCUACUAGCCCCAGUUACAGUCCCACUAGUCCUAGUUAUAGUCCUACCUCGCCUAGCUACAGUCCUACCUCACCUAGUUAUUCUCCCACUAGCCCUAGUUAUUCUCCAACAAGUCCUAGUUACUCACCUACUAGUCCCAGUUACAGUCCUACUAGCCCAAGCUACAGUCCUACUAGUCCAAGUUAUAGUCCUACUAGCCCAAGCUACAGUCCUACUAGCCCAAGUUACAGUCCUACUAGUCCAAGUUACAGUCCUACAUCACCUAGUUACUCACCUACUAGUCCAAGCUAUUCACCUACCAGUCCUAGUUACUCACCUACUAGUCCUAGUUAUAGCCCGACUAGUCCAAGUUAUAGCCCUACAUCCCCCAGUUAUAGUCCUACAUCACCAAGCUAUAGCCCUACAUCCCCAAGUUAUAGUCCUACCAGUCCUAGUUAUAGUCCUACUUCUCCCAACUAUGGUUCUGCUAAUGGCAAUAACAAAAACAAGAAAUAAGCUACUUGAUAUGUCCGCAAUAAUUAUACUUUCUGAAAAGAACAAAAAAAUACACCCUCCACCCCCUCUCAUAUACAAAAAAAAAUAUAUAUUUAGUUCAUGUUAUUCUUUAUUAAUCUCGGGUUAAUAAAUUAAACAAAGCAAGUGUUAAGUUUUUUAAUAUUGAAUAAAAACACUUCAUGUAAAAA